AUGUCGGGAAGAAAAGAAGACAGUUCUGUGAUUCUUUUUAUUAAUUUAGCGAAAGCUCGUCAGUGCAUCUGGAAUUAUUCCCUUACUGCUUACAGAUGUGACGAGCACUGCAUGGAGGAAAAUUGCAUCAAAAAUCAAAGAUACAGAAAAAACUGUCGAGAGCGAUGGAAGAACAUCAGAACAGCAUAUGUGCGCUCACUGAAACCGCCAAAGUCUGGCGCUAGUCAAAAUUCAAAGAAAAGUUAUUAUUUGGCCGAACAUUUAGCUUUUCUACGACCAUAUUUAAAAGGAGGAGAAACCGUCAGGAAAUCUUACACAGUUCAAGAUACUGCAGUAGAGGAGUCCUACGCCAAUCAAAAUGAAGGAAGUGAGACAAUUAUUGAAGUGAAAAUACUUGAUUAA